AGACGCGGUGUUGCUAGGACGACAAAAACCAAAACAACCGCUUAAGUGUGCACCAAGUGUGUUUGCUCGGUAAAUGAAUGUGUGUAGAACAAGUGGCCUGGUCCAGAGAUAGUCACGAACACGACCAGAAAGCUGUAUAAAGAACUGCGCUUUCAAAUAUGGCUUCAGCGAGCCAGGGGCGAAGAUGGACACGCAGCCACCAACAAAAAGUCCUGGCUCAGCGCCAGCUCCAGGAGGAGCAGCGCCAGCAGCACAGCCAGCGGCUUGACCGGGAGAGGAGGGUGCAGGCCGGCCUCAUGAACGAGGAGAGGGCCGAGAGGAAGAAGUACCUCCGCAAGGUUCAGGACGAGCUCCAGGAAAGACAAAUUGAGAGCGCUCUGCUUAAGGCAGAAGAGGAGAGAAUCAACAGGCAAAAGCAACUUGAACAAGAGGAGAGAAACGCAAAAGUGCUGGCCCGCAUCGGCUACGAGAAGCAAAGAGAUGAAAAAAUGAGGCAAUACAUUAAAGAGAACAGCAUUGAGCUUCGAGAAUUGGAGGCAAAGCUCAAGUCUGCAUACCUGAACAGGGAGAGAGCGGCACAGAUUGCCGAGAAGCAGGCUAUGAGUUAUGAGACCAUGCGCGAGGAGGCAGAUUUUGCUCGCAAGAUGAAGAGCGAAUAUGAGCGAGCGGCCGUGCAGCAGCAGAAGCUGGAGGAGAAGCACCAGGAGGAGCUGCUGCAGUAUCAGAGGGACCUGGAGCAGCAGCUCGUGGAGAACGAGCGCAAGAGACAAGAAGCGUACGAGGAGUUCCUCAAGGAGAAGCUCAUGAUCGAUGAAAUCGUCCGGAAAAUCUACGAGGAGGAUCAGAUGGAGAGACAGCUGAGGCUGGAGAAGGUGAAAGCCACUCAACAGUAUAUUGAAGAGUUCAAGAGACAGCAGGCGGAGUGGAAACGCAUGGAGCACGAGAAGACUGAGGCUGAGAACAGACGCAUCAUGGAGUUUGCAAACCACCAGCAGCAGAUGGAGGAGAGCAGACUGACCAAGAUCAGAGAGAGAGAGCAAGUAAAAGAACAACUUUACAAAACGCUCACUGAAAAGAUGGAAAGGGAGAAGCAACAGCGUGAAGAGAUGGAGCGAGUCCGAGAGGAACUCUGUCUGGAGGAACAAGCAGAAGCUGACAGGCGGAAAGAAAUUGAAGAGAUGGAGAAGAAAAUCAGACAGAGGCUGAUGCUGCAGCAGACCUGUCAGGAGCAAAUGGAAUUCAGAGCGAUGAAGAAGCAGGCGGAGAAAGACGAAGACGAGGCUUUCAGCCAAAUGAUGAUGGCCAAGUUUGCAGAGGACGAUCGCAUAGAGCAGAUGAAUGCCCAGAAACGACGCAUGAAGCAACUCGAGCACAGACGGGCGGUGGAGAAACUAAUAGAGGACAGAAAACGGCAGCGCGAUGCCGACAUGGAACUCGAGGCUAAAGAGAGAGCAAUUGAGCAGGAGAGGGAGGUGUUGCGGAGGCAGAUCAUCGAGGAGGAGAGGCAACGACUUCUUAAACAUCACGCAACUAAACUCCUUGGGUAUUUUCCUAAGGGUUUGCUGCGAGAAGAUGACCUUCAGCACUUUGAUGAAGAUUUCCAAAGCAACUUUCGGAGACGUCAGCCAGAUAUCUUCUCUGAUGAAUCCUGGGAGGGCGAUGAAUAACUUUGAUUUUCAAUUUUUUUAUGCUAUAACACUACUUAGUUAAUUCUCUGGGCUGGCUUGGGAGGACAUCCACUAUGGCCGUCCACCUCACUCUAUGCCACUAGAUGGCAGCCUAAUCAUAAGGGGGGGAAAUAAGUUUCAAUUUUUAGUGACAACAAAAACCCUGAUGCUCUGUAUCUCAAUAUUUUAGCCCAUGUUGCAGUGGCAUAUAUAGUAACAAAAACAUAAUUAACUUGUUUUAUUAAAAAAUGUCUUUAUUUAGAUAAGAUAGGCCAGGCAUUGUGAUUGAAAAAUGAUUCCAAAGCAUUUCUAAAAUAAAAUUCACAAACAAUA